AUACAGUAUAUCCAUAUAUAUAUAUUUAAAAAAAAAAUUAGAUUAAGGUUAUAUUUUUUCUAACUCUAUCACCAUCCAAUGAGGGAGGAUAUAAUAAGGAGGACAAACAAGAAAAUGGAAAUGUUCUGUGAGAAGAUGCCGGGACAGCAGGAGAAAUUCAUCCUCCUCGUCUUUUAUCUUCAUCUGUGGCCUCUGACUGAAGGGAUUCACCCGGACUGCGCGAUCAUCCACCAGCACCUGAGGGCUCGGGACAUUUGCAGCCAGACGAGGAGGAGCGAGGCGCAAAACCAGACCGAGCAAAGCGGAUGUAAAACAGAAUGGGACGAGAUCGGAUGUUGGCUGAGAGCUGAAGUCGGUCAGGUGGUCAACGUUUCCUGCUCCGAAGUCUUUCAACAUUUUUCCAGCAGUCAAGGCUAUGUUUACAGGAACUGCACCAUGGACGGCUGGUCAGAAAUGUAUCCACCCUACGAGGAGGCCUGUGCGUUCAGCGACGACAGUGAGACUGAAUCAGAGACGAGUUACCUCUCUAUGUUCAGACAGGUUUACACUGUUGGUUAUGCCACGUCACUCAUCUCCCUCAUCACAGCCAUAGUCGUGUUGACAGCCUUCAGAAAGUUCCGCUGCACCAGAAACUACAUCCACAUCAACCUGUUCUCCUCCUUUGUCCUGAGAGCCAGCGCUGUUUUCAUCAAAGACGCUGUACUGUUCGCCGAUGAGACGUUAGAUCACUGCUCCAUGUCCACGACCGCGUGCAAGUCAGCUGUGGCUUUCUUCCAGUUCAGCAUCCUUGCAAAUUAUUUCUGGUUGCUGGUGGAGGGCAUGUAUCUGCAGACGCUGCUUGCCCUCACCUUCAUCUCUCAGAGGAAAUACUUCUGGUGGUACAUCCUGAUUGGAUGGGGGCUGCCCUCAGUGAUUCUCAUAUUUUGGGUGUUGACCAGAUUCUUCUAUGAUGACAGAGGUUGCUGGGACGACACAGACAAUGUUGGUAUUUGGUGGAUUAUUAAAGGACCAAUAACAGCGUCACUGCUGGUCAACAUAGUCAUAUUCAUCAAUGUGAUUCGAAUUCUGGUUCAGAAGCUAAAAUCUUCAGCCAUGACGGGGAACAGAGACACUGGACAUUUCAUGAGGCUGGCUAAAUCCACUCUGUUCCUCAUCCCUCUUUUUGGGAUGCACUACACUGUAUUUGCCUUCCUGCCUGAGAACACUGGGGUCGCAGCCAGGCUGUACAUCGAGUUGGGUCUGGGCUCCUUUCAGGGGUUUGUGGUGGCACUCCUUUACUGUUUCAUGAAUGGAGAGGUCCAGACAGAGCUGAGGAGGUGGUUGUGGAAGUGUCACAAUCAAAAUCAUCUGACCCCAGGCAAAAGGAGCAUCACUCAGGUCUCAACACGAGCCCACAGAGGGCUUGGGCGGCCUCCUUCCAGUGGCAACAUCUCCUCUGUAUGAUUUAAGAUAACAUCCAAAUGUGGGGGAAGUAAAAGUUUUUUGUGAGAUUAUGAAGAAAAUAAAAACAAGACUGUCCUUAAGCUGAACUCGCUGAUUACACUGUUUGAAGAAAUGUGUCUGGAUAUAGUUUAUCAGUAUUUGUCCAAAGCUCCUGCCACUGUAAAGACGGUAUAUCACGGGGGACACUUUGGAGAAAUGUGACCACUGUGGAAACGGCAGAAACAAUUUCAUGAUUACACUUUGGACAACAUGGGUUUGAAAUGAACAAAUGAUUCUACACAUGCAGUUGGUGGGAAAAAAAAGCAGCUUGGCUAAUUCAUGUGAAAUGAGCUUGACUUAUCGUGACACAAGCAGUUUUGUUAUUUCAGUGCAGACACUGUGUGUGUACGACUGCAUUUGCUGAAUUUUCUGUUUAAGAUUUGUGCAGCAAUUCACCUGCUGCUAGAGACAAAGAUCCACAUGGUCUAUUUAUAUCUUUGUACGUGUAUGUUGGAUGUGACAGUUUAUUGGUACAUUACUGUAUGUUACACUUUUUUGUUUCUUUGUCUGCUUUGAUGAGCCAUCAUUGAAACAUAUAUUUGUAAAUAUUUAUGACAUUAUUUUCACUGUAUCGUUUAAUUUUUUAUUCCGUUCCAAAAUGUGCUAAAAACAUUUUUUUUUAACUAUGUUGCACUAGGCAGGUGGCAUGGAAAGUUCAGGGUUCAAUCAUGCACAGUCCAAAGACACGCAGGGCAUUUUUAACUGUCACUAUCACAGUAUGGGUACAUAAUGUGUUUAAAACUGUGUUUAAUGUGUUUCUAAAACAUAUGAUUUAAGACAUGUCAAUUGUGUGUCACGCACCUUUGAUGGCAGAGUCAUUGUCCAAAAACUCAAAAUGUACAGGAUGGAUUUUAAAUGAAAUUUCCUGGAUAUACGUUUUACAUUUUGCCAACUUGUACAUUAAGAUUGCCCUUAACAUUUCCAACAAUGACUUAAAUUUCAAGCACACAGUCAAUUUUAUGUGGUGUCCUGUAAUUAUUCUGUCCUCCAGGACACAGAUGUGGCAAGAAGUCAGGGAAUAUAACUUAAAAUUUGCAAACAUUUCCAUUCAGCUUCUCUCUUUAGGGGUCGUCACAGUGGAUUAUCACCCUGAUAGAUAUUGUUCUUGUUUUACAGUACACAUAAAACUACCAAACACUAGACUCUCACAAAAGAGUGCCAGCAUCUCUUGAGAAGUGCCAGUACUCAAAACAGUAAAAAUAAGAAGUGUCUGUACUGUGUACCGGACAGUAGCCGACCACUGUAAGCACUGGAAAUGUUAAGUAAACACUGAAGUUACAACCAGCAGCUGCAUAUCUUAGCUUAGCUUAGCGUAGCAUAAAGGAAGACUCAUAGCAUGUCAAAAGAUAAUAAAACUGGUCCAUGUCAGUAAAUAGCAUGUCUGUUUAAUCUUAAGUAACUUGCCACAUCAAAUAUCAAACACAUGUCAGAAUUCAAGUAUUUUAUGUGUCACUGGGAUUAUUAUUGCUUUUAUUUUAGGUAUGCUAAACAAUGCAUGCUAUAGUUUACCCUGAAAUAAUCAAAUGCUGCUAGCCUAAUUAAAGCUACGUGAACUAGCGGCUGGCUAGCAGUUCAUCCCUUAAAUUUUUUUUUUUGUUUUUUUAAAUAAAACAGACAUUAACAUACAUUUAUUUUGACAGCAGGGUACUUGGUUGUUAUAGCUGCUAGCUUACAUACCAUAAAGACUUGAGAAUUUUUCCUUCCAAAAAGUAGUAACAACCAUAACCGCAUUCACUAUGAACAAAAUAAAAUGCACAUGGUCUUGACAUGAUUUUAGAGUUUGCUUAGUAUAGUUUUGAGUGUUGGGAAAUAAUACUGUAUCACAAAAUAUAAUUUUAAAUAUUGAUUUAGAUAUUCAGGCCGAAAAAGUCUGAUUGGUGCAUUCCUGGAUUUAUUUAAAUACAUCAACAAUAAUGCACUAUUAACACGAAGCACUUUGACUGACACUAUAUGGCGUAGCCUACAUAAGGUUAUGUUCUCAGUCACAAGAGGGUUGGCACAAUAUAUGGUGGUAAAAGUAUGAUUAUGAAUUAGACAUUUGUGGUUUGUCAAAUGUUAACUGUUCUUUGGUGUUGGGUCUUUGUUUUAAUCAUCAAUCAUUGUAAACUUGGCUUUCUGUGGAUGAAGGGCGACCUAAAAAAGAAAAUUCCACAUAUUUGUGUGAUACAUGGAAAUCUUUUGAACAAAAAAUAAAUAAAAAAAUAAAAAAAAGAAGUGAUAGAAGUUAACGCAAGGAAGAACAGCAGAAUGUGCUUUUACUGUUUAAAGAU